AAAAGUAUACCCAAAGGUGGAUCAAGUAAAUUUUCACAGACGGUGUCUGCAGAAGCCUCUCCUGAUUCCAAGUGCCCCAUUUGCCUGGACAGAUUCAAUAACGUGGCCUACCUGGACCGCUGUCUGCACAAGUUUUGUUAUCGAUGCAUCCAUGAAUGGUGGAAAAACAAAGCAGAGUGCCCGCUCUGCAGGCAGCCCUUUGAUUCGGUCUACCGCACCACAGAAGCAGAGAACGACUUUAAAGAAUUAGUUUUACGACCGACUGAGAAUGGUUCCUUUGGCAGUCAUGACAGGCACAGGUAUCGCACAAUAAUGUCAAGAAGGACUUCCCCACCCCCAGACAAUGGAAUUUUGUUUGAAGGGCUGACCGGAAAUGCUCCUCCCCAGCGUGAUCGCGGAGUUCAACGCAUGAAGCUGCAACUUGCAGCAAGGAGGCGAGCCCAGACUGAGUUCAUCAGCUUUGCUCGGGCUCCUUACAAUAUGGGUGCUUAUGAUCAGCAUCCUGUUUAUGACUGUGCAGCGGUGUCCUAUGAGGAAUGGAGCAGUUCAGAAUUUUCAGUCAUCAGUAUUUCGACUGAUGAAGCUGACAUUGAAGAGGAUCAAGGGACGCAUUCCAUGGCUGGCAGUGGUCUCAGCCAGGCUUCCUGGGAUGAUGAAACUCCUGGCCCAUCUUGCUCGGCAAUGGAGCAGGUGCAGCCAGCAAUGUUUUCUGUCCAUGAAUCUGAAUCUGUGACCAGUGGUGAUGAGGAAGGACAGAUAAGGCCUUCAGUGCAGGAAAGUGCUCAAGUUAAGACUGAUCCAUCAGCCAAUGAAGGGGCCGAUGCAUCUUCCACUGAUGAAGACUGUGUUAUUGUGGGCUUUGUCAAGCCCCUGGCUGAAAGGACACCUGAGCUUGUCCAACUGUCUUCUGACUCUGAGGAGUCUGUCCACAAUGAAAGCACAGAGGUCCCUGCUCAACCACAGCACUUGCGAUUUCCAAGCAUCAGCAGUCCUCCUUCCUCUGUGUGUUCUGUUGUGUCCAAAGACAAGUCCCCUCAUGGGCAUAAAACAUCCAAUAAGAAAGAAGCCAGUAAGGACAGAGACCAGUCGAAUUUGCCAGACAAGGCCAGGCAUUCUCCUACGCAUAGGCCUUCCAACAGAGACAAGAAUUCAAGAGGGACCGACACCAGCAAUAUUUGCAGCAAAGGGAUGCAUGCGCAUGACGACAGAAGGCACCACAGGCGAGACCGAUUGAGGAGUAAAGAAAGAUCCAGACAGAAGAACAAAAGCACAGAGAACAGUUGGCCAAUAAAAAGCACGACAACAUCACUGAACAGUGACAGUACACUUUCAAGAGGAAGGCAGCAAUCAAGAUCAUGCAGCAGGGACUAUCCCCCUUCAAGAGACAUGGGGUGGCAACGGAGCAGACAUAACAACAACAGUUAUGUCAGGCACAGUCAUGAAAAAUCCUAUUCAUACCACUUGGACUCCUACAGCCAUUACAGCAGGGACAGGGGGAUUCAUUGUACAUUCAAAAGCGGUCCUAUUGUGAAAGUUACUAUAAGGUCGAGUAGCAUCUCUAGCAGCAGUUCCAGGGCUUCCCUUUCUGCCCGUUGGAGAUCCAGGUGUGAUAAACCCAGUAGGAAAAGAAAAUACAAAACCCGUCAUCUGGAAGGCACAUCAAAAGAAGUGACCACAAAGUCCUACACAUCACGUUCAUGCAGCCUUCUGGAAAAGAGUGGGAGCAGUGAGUGGCAUCACAAAAAGUCUCGGAAGAAGAGCAGAAGUCUGAGUGUGGAAAUAGUCUAUGACGGGAAGGCAACAGGAGAGAGUAGACGCUGUAACAAGAAGCAUAAACGAAAGAAAAAAUGCAAGCGCCACAGAAGCAGGGAAAAGGCAGGACAUCGAUCCCUAUUGACAGUGCCAGUGAUCAUGCAGUAGAAGCAAGUGAUCAUGUUGGGGAAACAAGUGAUCAAGCAGAGAAGGAAAAUGAUCACUUUCAUCCCUGGCAUGAACAUGUCAGUGAAACAAGAUCUUAUACUGGAAUUGGAAGUGAUCAAACAGCAGAAGCAAGUUACCAGGGCGACAGCAGCAAUAAAAAUGAGGUCUCCAGCACCACCGGCAGCUUGGGUGAUAUCACUGUAUAUGAAAGUCAUGUUCUAGCUGAGCACAGUGCAUCUGCUAUUUCAGAGGAUGAUGUUUUGACUAAAGGCAGGGAAGCUACUGAUACAGGUGACACAAUUAAAAGCAUAAGCUGCUGGACUUCUCUUGCCUUCAGUGAUGAGAGCAGUACUGGGUCUGGCAGCCCCUCAAAUGCAGAAGAAACUGAAUUAGUGGAACAGAGUAGUGUAGAAAACUCCCCUAAAAAAGCAACUGUAUUUCUAAGUCCUUCAACACAGGACUUCAUGCUAAGAUUUGCUAAAACACUUCUCAAAUAAACCUGUCAAUUUUUCAUAUUGAACAUUUAUGGUAUUAUGAUAAUAGAGUGCAACAACUGCAGAGCUGUCAAAAGAUAUAAAAUAUGUAACAUAUUACUAUUGCGGGAGACCUUUCUUUUUCCAUACAUACUUAAUUUAGGGACACGGUACUAUAAAAUAGAACUGUCAAAAACAUGUUUAUUGUUAUGUUUGAUACUUCUCUAAUGAAAUGAUUUGUCUGUUAUUACCUAGACUAAAGGAGCCUUUGUCUUUUAGGCUUCACUGUGCGUGCAAUUAUAUAAUUGUACUUUAUAAUUCAUGCAUUUUAGUUUUUUUUAAUAGUAAGGGUACUCGCCAUUACAAACACCACCAAGAUGGGCUACAAAUACUGUACUGAAUUCUCAGGGUGCUCUGAGUAGCUGCUGUUUUAUGCUUUAAAGGGUUGCAGAAUAUCCUGUUGUGUUUACAAAAAAUGCACGCUUAGGUCAUAAAUUAUUCCUGGGAAUAAAGCCAGAGGCUUUUCAAAUAAAUAAAUUCAGAUAAAGUAAUGGAAUUCUUGUAAAUACUAAAUGGUGACAAAUCAACACACCUGGGUUCAAUUUUGUGAGGGUGCCUUUGAAUCUGUAUAAAAUUAAUCUUGAUCAUCUUUGCAUUAAUACAUUUUAUUGUAAUUGAUCUCUGGCCAUGUUUAAUUUCAGGAGAGAAUUAUGUUUUUAUUGCAACUGCAGCAUCUUAGUACCAUCAUUGAUUUGCUGAAAUUUAACUGACAAAUUUCAUGAACGUGUUCAGUGUAAAAUUGAACUUGUACUUGAUGUGUAAAAUUGUGUAUUAAGAUGCACCAUUACCACAAUGACUACCAAUGUAAACAUGUUACAUGUCCAUGGAAUAGCCCUGAUUUCUUAUUGUUUUUUUUUUUCUUUUAUGUACAGUGCUUUGUGAUGACUUAUCAUGAAUUAUUAUUAUUAUUAUUGAUAAAAAAUGUGUUGCCUAAAAUGCGAUUUACAUUGUUUACUAUGUUCCGCCAUUUGUGCCAAAAUUAUCCGGCCGUUAGUUUGUCAAUUUGUUUGUUAAUUUGUCAA